AUGAACAGCAUCACGUAUACCGCCGUUGUUUUUGUCACCGUUACCUUACUCGCGUCUUUUAUCACAACUGCCACGAGUGGGGAGUACUGUCACGGCUGGAGAGACACGCGGGCCAGUUGGCGGGAAGGUUUCCUCUGUCCCGAGCGUUUGGAUCGAAAAGAUGCAAUAAUCUGCUGCGGUAGCUGCGACCUGCGGUACUGCUGCUCUAACGGCGGGGCCAGACUGGACCAGGGGGCUUGCAAUAACCAUGAGAGAGUCCAGAAGCCAGAAACCGACUCAGAGGGCCUAGACGCAGCAGAAUUUCCCGUUCAUGUGCCAUUCCUGAUAGUGGGCUCUGUGUUUGUGUUGUUUGUGAUUGUGGGUUUAGUCGUGGCAGUGUAUUUCUGCCUCAGUCAGAGAGCAGUCACCUCGACGGACGCGGAGGUGACGGAGCCCAGGGCACGAGACCCCGCGGCAGAGGGGGGGCCACUGACUGUGAGCACGGGCACCUCAUGUGGGUCCUCCUCCUCCCUCUACCUUCUCAACGCCAAUCAGACCAACGCUUGCCCAAGCCUGCCAAACCAAUCCCAUCAUUCCCUGGAAAAGCCUAUUCCUCACAGCAGUCCACCAAAAGCCUACGCGCUUCCACAUCCCAGUCUGCCCAGCCCAGUGACCUUUCCAACCGUUCUCCACCCCGCUGUGUUUCCAGCCCCAAUGCUACACGCGUAUGCCGCCUCCACAUCCACCCUGCGCUCCCCACAGAGAGAGUACAGGUCUGCUCCCUCUCCCUGCCCCGCUCCGAGCUGCUCCAGCGCAGUCCACAGAACCGCUGAGGUCAUUCUGUGA